AUGAACAUAAGUGAUGUACUCCUCACAUCAGCUCAAGCACAUCAACAAUUUUCCUGUUGUCUUUGGGAUUACAACACAUUAAAUGUGCACAAAUAUUACAAAAAUGGAGGUACCACGGCCCCCAAAUGCAUGGAGAUACUUGGAAGGGAUUAUAUCUUAACUUCCGAAUUGGGAAAACCUUUGUUGCAUUUAUGGUUAUUAAACAGUCAAGAUGUGGCAAAAAAUGUCAGGUUGAUCAUUCCAGAACCUGCAAAUUGUAUGGCGGUAUGCCCGCAAAAUAUUUAUUUAGCAGUGGGCAUCAACUGUAAAGUGUAUGUUUGGCACAUGUCUUCAGGGAAGCUUUUAUCCGUCCAACAAAAAAACUACCAACCUGUUAUGGCAAUAAAGUUUUCUACUGAUGGCGAUUUUUUGUUAGCUGGUGGACAGGAUGGGAUGCUGAUUAACUACAAAUUGUGUGAUUUGGUUGCUUUUUCAAGCAACUAUUCAUCGCAGAGUGAUAUUGGCAAAGCAGAACCUCUUUACAUAAAAAAAGAUCAUUCAAUGGCUAUUAAGGAUAUACAUGUUGGCAUUUUCGAAAGAAAGGCUCGUUUUGCGACUGUUUCUACUGACAGAACUUGCCGAAUUUACAAUCUUUUAACUGGAGAACCGAUCUUAAAUUUGGUAUUUGGAGACUGUUUAACAAGCGUCUUAUUUGACACAUCAUUUGGACAACUUUAUGUCGGUACAGAAUCAGGCGACAUCAGACAAUUUAAUCUGAAAGAACCACCGAAGAAUUUAACUCAUCAUGUGGAUGAUAAAUCAAGUUUGGUAUUUGCGGGCCAUACGGGAAGAAUUGUGAGCUUGGCUUUGAAUACAACCGAAACCGUAUUAGCAUCUGGAAGCUUAGAUUGUUUUGUAUACACGUGGGAUGUUAAAAAAAGACAGAUAUUAAAGAAGAUCAAGCACCCUAGUCCUGUAACUAAUGCCAGAUUCGUGAUCAGAUAUAAAAACUUUUUCGCUGAAGCUAUCAAACCUCAUGUAAUUGUAAAAGGUCUGGAAAGAAGUUUGGAUCUAGCAAAAGAUUUGGUACUCUCUCAGUUGCAGACGGAUGAUUUAGAAAUUGAAGAAGACGAAUUCGAUUUGUCUGAAGAACAGUCGAACAAAGAUAUAUUGGAAGAGAAUGUCAGGUUGAGAGCUGUCAACAAGCAAUUAUUUGAUACUGCAGUUACUUUGAGUAAAAAAAUGUACCAAAAAUUGAAGUUGUAG